AUGGCGCAAGAUUCAAUAUCAUCAACAAAUUCCCUAAUUCUACAAGCUAUAGUUGGAAUGCUAAUAGGAAUCUUAGGAAUAUUUGUAGGAGUUUGUUGUAGUUUCUAUUGCCUGCGCAAACAAGGUUAUACCUUUCCCACCGAUUAUAAACUCAUGGGAAGAGGAAAAAACAUAGUCGUACCUAAAGGAGCUGAAAAGCGUAAGCCGCCGCGAAUACCUUCGCUCCACUUUGAUAAUGAUAACGAUGAAUAUUUAACAUCGAAUCCAUCUGAACAAAUUGUUAUAGUGAGACAUGGUUCUGCCGCUGAUUUUCCGGAAACCGCAGAAUCUUUUCAGGAUUUAUCACUUUCAGUUCCUCAUGCAGUUUAUGGAUCUGCUUCUGCCUCAGCUUCUAUGACCAAUAUUGCCUCGGCCCAACAAAAAUCCGCCCGGUCUUCUGAUAAUGAAAGUCAAGAAAUGACGAGAUCUCAUUCAAGAUGA